UUUCGCUUUGGGCCGGUCCGGAGGCGGCGGGGCCGUCCCGGAACCACCGCAGCCGCGCAUCCCGGAGUUAACCCGAAAGCGCCGCAGCCCCGCGGGCCAGGCGCACGUGUCACCGAGAGGCUGAUGUAGAGAGAGACAGAGAGAGAGAGAGAAAGCAAGAGCCCGGAGUCCCGGGAAAGUCCUGCCGCCCUCGGGGCAAUUAUAAAAUGUGGCCCCGGGGUCAGCGUCCCAGCCUCCGCCCUCACCUGCCGCGGCCGCCAGUCCCAUCCAGCUGCGCUCUCGGUGUCCCCUGGUGCCGGUUCAGCAUGUGUCCCCCGCGCGGCCUCCUCCUUGUGGCCACCCUGGUCCUCCUGGGCCACCUCAGCGUAGCCAGGAAUCUUCCCGGGGCCACACCAGGCCCAGGAAUGUUUCAGUGUCUUCACCACUCCCAAAACCUGCUGAGGGCUGUCGGCAGCAUGCUUCAGAAGACCAGACAAAUCCUAGAAUUUUACUCCUGUACUUCUGAAGAGAUUGAUCAUGAAGAUAUCACAAAAGAUAAAACCAGCACAGUGAAGGCCUGUUUACCCCUGGAAUUAACCAAGAAUGAGAGUUGCCUGGCUUCCCAAGAGACUUCUUUUAUCACUAAUGGGAGUUGCCUGGCCUCCAGGAAGACCUCUUUUAUGAUGACCCUGUGCCUUAAUAGUAUCUAUGAAGACUUGAAGAUGUACCAGGUAGAGUUCAAGGCUAUCAAUACAAACCUUCUGAAGGAUCCCAAGAGGCAGAUCUCGCUAGAUGAAAACAUGCUAUCAGUUAUUGAUGAGCUGAUGCAGGCCCUGAGUUUCAACAGUGAGACUGCACCACAAAACCUCUCCCAUGAAGAACCGGAUUUUUAUAAAACUAAAAUCAAGCUCUGCAUACUUCUUCAUGCUUUCAGAAUUCGGGCGGUGACUAUUGACAGAGUGAUGAACUACCUGAAUGCUUCCUAAGAGGCUGAGGUCCCUCCCCAUCCUCAAGGCAUCUUCAUAAACAAUUCGAAAUGGAGAAAAUGUAUUGGGAUGUGGAUGGGCUACUAGGG